CGCUUCAAAUACAACACCAAAGCUUCCCUUCUUGGCCAUCAGCUUCCAGCGUAAGCUACUUCUCCAAAACGCUUAAAUAAAUACAACCACAAAUCCUCUCUCUCUCUUUCACUCAGUCAUUUCUGACUUUUCUCUCUCAGAAAGAGAGCUCACCACUGAGAAAACAAACAAAAACCGCUUUCGCUUCCACUCGCUCAAAAUUAGAAGCUCCCAACUUUCCCGCCAAAAGUCCUGCCCUUCGCAUUUCACACUGCCUUUGCUUAAAACCAGCUCGGUAUUCUUUCUGCUUUCUGUAGUUUUGGCUGUUAGAUUCUCACACACUCAGAAACCCUCGAAGCUUUCUUUUUCAAGGUUGAGGAAAACUGAUUUUUCUAAGAGAUCAUGGCGAAAGUGAAAAAGGAGCAGCUGCAGGAGGUGGUUGUGGAUCCAUACGAGAAAAUUGGUUUCCUUUUGCAAGCAUUAUAUGAAACUGAAGGCUGUUUUAACUCGCCUGCGUCCAAGCCAAGCUCUGCUACUCGGAGAGCCACUGGUCCGAUGAGACGGUCAGCGAAAUGCUGGACAGAGGAAGAGGACAAUCUUCUAGGAGAGCUGGUCAGAAAGUUUAACAGGAGUAAUUGGAAGGAAAUAGCUGCGUGUCUCCCUGGGCGCACAGAUGUUCAGUGCCUGCAGCGCUGGCAAAAGGUUCUAAAUCCUGAAAUUGUGAAGGGACCCUGGACAAAGGAGGAAGACAACUGCAUAAUCAAACAAGUUGAGAGUCAUGGUGCUAAAAGAUGGUCUGUUAUUGCAAAGUUCUUACCAGGUCGAAUGGGCAAGCAAUGCCGAGAAAGGUGGUACAAUCACUUAUGCCCGGCUAUAAAUAGAAAUGCAUGGACAGAAGAAGAGGAGUGGGUUCUUACUUACUACCACCAACUCUUUGGUAACAAGUGGGCAGAAAUAGCCAGGUUUCUACCUGGAAGGACUGACAAUGCAAUUAAAAAUCACUGGAACUGCACACUGAAGAGAAAAUUAGAUUCAUACUCACCUAAUGGUUGUGAUGUGGAUAUGCAUCCUGAUGUCUGGAACGGUGAAUUAAGAUCGGGCCUUGUCGAGAUUAACCCAGCCGGACAGAUUUCUGAUAGACUGGCCUCACUCAAUCAGAGAACAGGGUUGGAGAUUAGUGAUAGCGCUUGCUCUACAGAGUUGACUCUUGGAUGUUCUUAUAGACAUGAACUUUGUUCAGAAUGGAAACCUGUCAAAGUGCAGAAAUGCAGAUCAUCAGAUAGAGGAGCAAGUAGUUUGACAAAUCUAAUCACAAGUGGAUCUUCCAAACACAGCCCUCUAUCAGCCUCUUCAUCGGUUUUCGUGGGUGCAUCUGCUUCUACCCGGUCCUCCCCCCUUGAGAGUCCAUCCUGCUACUCUACACCCCAAAGCCGUCCGCAGAAUGUUAAUGUGAAUCUCAGCAGUGGCAGCAGUCCCGGGUCGAGACUGAAGAACUUGGCAUUGAGUUUCAAAAAUACUCCUUCCAUCAUAAGAAAGAGAAGUUCCAGAAGACCUGAUGCUUCUUCAGCUGCCGUUAAAUCUCUAGGAAGGUGCCUGGAACGUGAAUUCGACGCCGAAAAUGAUUCAGGUGUUACUAAAUGUGGCCAACUUUUCUCUGCACAUGCUACUUCAUCAGACGUUAACGUUGGUGUAUAGGUUAACCUUGACACUUUUAGAAGAAGCCAAAUUUCCACGGUUCAAAUUUUUGCCCAAAAUGGAUGUGCUUUAGUGUGUGCUUCUUCACAUUAAAGGAGUUAAUUUCUUUCAUUUCAGUUGUUCAAACUCUCCGCUGUUCUAAGUAAGUAGAUGUAGUUUAGGUCACUUAAGAUGGUGUGCUCGUCCUUUGCACCCGAUUGCUAUUCCACUCUCUAUACAUUAGACUAGUUUGAAACAUUACUUUGUCAAAUAAAAAAUGUUCCUAAAUCUAAAAGUCCUCUAUCUCCUCAUUCCCCAAAAAGGAAAAGCCAAAAUUCCCAUAUUUAUUUAUUAAUUAUCAUUAUAUUCCAAAAAGAUGUAUAGGAUACGAUAUUCGGCACGCCAACCAAACCAUGUCAAAUUCGUUCGUUACAAACUUUACAAAAAACAAUAUCGCUUUCAAAAGAAAAAAAUAAAAGAAAAAGCAAUUUAAGGAAAACAAAAAUAUCCAAAUUCGCUGGAAAAACAGAAAUUGGAUGGACCACGUCAGAGUCUAAUCACACCCAUUUCAAAUCCGCAAACCUCGACCUCGCAAACUACCAAUACCACUGGCACUGGAGAGUACGAAACGCGCUUUACUCGCGCGACUGCAACCGUCACAGCUCCGCCAUAACAGAA